AUGAGCAUGCCAUCAUCAAAUCUAAUGGAACCCCAAAAGCACAAAAAAUAUCAGAAGGCAAAAGAUCUCUCUCUCUUCGCCAUUGCUUUCUCCAUUGUGAUUUACAUAUCUAUCUGCUAUGACAUCUUCAACCUUUCUUCUUCAACUCUUUUAAGCAACACCAAGUUCUGGUUUCUCAUCUCCAACACUCUCAUCCUCAUCAUCGCCGCCGAUUACGGCGCUUUCUCGACAUCCAAACACCGCAAACCCGACCUUUACGAGGAAUAUCACCAUGCUUUACGUUGCCAAGCGAGGAGCUCUGCAGAAUAUCCUUCAUUUGUUUCACAACAAUAUCAGAAGAGCAUUCCCAUGGAAGAAAAGAUGUUAGCUGAUCAUCAUCAUCACAGGAAGAUGGAUGAACCCCCGGAAAGAAUAUUGGAAGUCGUCCGAAUCCAUGAACCGGAAAAACCCGAAACCAUCCGACGAAGUAAGUCCCGUAAAGCGAAGCAUGUCACAUUCAAUUACGCGAACAACAAAAACAACAACAACAACAAUGGUUUGCAAAGAUCAAAGACAGAAAAGCAUGGACCGAGAAUUAAAGUACUAAAGUCGCCGGCGGAAGCAAACGAGUUUUCAACCAUGUCGAACGAGGAACUAAACAGGAGAGUCGAAGAGUUCAUUGAGAAGUUCAACAGGCAGAUUAAGCUUCAAGCCAAUGCAUGCUAG